UCUUCCUGGAGAUUGUUCCUUGUGGAGUUUACUGUGAGCCUAUGAUGCUGAUGAGCGUUUCCAUUUAUUUGGGUUAACUUUUCACUAUUAUAAUUUUACUAAGCCUAGCAUCUACAUACCUAUUGGUUGUACACCUAUUGAUGGUACAGUUUUUAAUUCAGAUUUAAUUGUAAAGCAUCUAUUAUUUAGUACACUUAAUGUAAUUGACUAGAGGAAGUUAAGGAUUAGAAAGCAUCAAUGCAUUGCUGGAGCUCUUGAUUUAUUAAAGGAGCUUAAGAAUAUUCCCAUGACCCUUGAGUUAUUACAGACUACCAGAAUUGGAAUGUCAGUGAAUGCAAUACGCAAGCAAAGCACAGAUGAAGAAGUUACUUCUUUAGCAAAAUCUUUGAUCAAAUCUUGGAAGAAACUGUUAGAUGGGCCUUCAACUGAUAAAGAUUCUGAAGAAAAGAGAAAGGAGCCUGCAUCUUCCUCACAAAACAGCCCUGAAGCAAGAGAAGAAAGCAGUUCAAGUAGCAAUUCCAGCAGCAGGAAGGAGGAGGGUAGCGCUCCCUCAAAUUCUUUCAUCCCUUCUUUUCCUCGGGCUCCAAGCACUUCGGAUUCUGUACGAGUGAAAUGUAGAGAAAUGCUCUCUGCAGCUCUCAGAACAGGAGAUGAUUACAUUGCUAUUGGUGCUGAUGAGGAAGAGUUGGGUUCUCAGAUCGAAGAAGCUAUUUUUCAAGAAUUAAAAAACACUGAUAUGAAAUACAAAAAUAGGGUACGAAGUAGGAUAGCAAAUCUCAAGGAUGCAAAGAAUCCGAACCUAAGAAAAAACGUGUUAUGUGGGAACAUACCUCCUGACAAAUUUGCCAAAAUGACUGCAGAGGAAAUGGCAAGUGAUGAGUUGAAAGAAAUGCGCAAAAAUCUGACCAAAGAGGCUAUCAGAGAGCACCAGAUGGCCAAAACAGGAGGUACCCAAACCGAUCUGUUUACAUGUGGCAAGUGCAAAAAGAAGAACUGUACAUAUACCCAGGUUCAAACCCGCAGUGCUGAUGAACCUAUGACAACGUUUGUUGUUUGUAAUGAAUGUGGAAACAGAUGGAAGUUCUGUUAGAGGAAGAAAUUGUCAAGACAUCUGGACCAGUAUGAAAGAGGAUUUUGUAAUUAGCUUUAAAAACUAGGCUAAGCAGCUAGCUUCCUGCAAACAAGAGGUUAUUUGGUUUUCUUUUUUCCUUUUUCUUUUUUUUAUGCAGCAUACAUACCUGAAGUUAGCCUUCAUUUUGACACAGCCAUCAUUUCCUUAAAUGCCUUCCUAUAGCUGAUAGUCAGUAGGGCCAGGUUGCUCGAUUGUAUGGUGAAUGUUAAAAUAUUUUUUCAUUUUUGUAAGUAAGUUGAAAUUAAACUUUUACCAAUGAAGUA